AUGGGUUUUCUCCAAUGCAUUGCCCUUACCCGUCACUUCAAUCCCACAUCGAUAGAAGAGAAGAACUUACGUUGGGUUGAUAAAGUCCUGAAACAGCUCAGCCAAUCGCCGAGCUCAGUAACGUGGGCUUGUGAUCCGAGUGGAGGCAUUAAGGUGAUGGAACAUUGGGUCAAACCGGAUGGUAGGAUUCGGUGCUGCAAUUGCUGGUCCGCCCGAUCCAAGCAUAGAGCUGAACCACGCUGCUCCGGCGAAGGCUGGAGUGUCAUGGCUCCUAGAGAGGAGGGCAACGCGUAAGGCUGGCUUCACAGAGCAGCGAGAACCUCCCGCUCCAUGCGGUGGAUGGAAAACGGGUCAGAGCGCGCUUAAUCCAAAAUUGCCUGACGGAACGACACCAAUUGGACCAUCACCUUUUGUAAUUUUUUUCCCCCAAUAUCUUUCUAUAAACAGCCAUGGCCACCGGAGAGCUUGCUGGGUUCUCUCUCUCUCACAGUUUGUGGGUUUUCUCUGGUUUGUCAGGUGGAUGGGUAAUUUUUUGC